CAACAGAUACCAACCUGACACUAGUCUUUAGAUGCAAAACGGACCAGUUCACUGGAAAAGAAAACUAAUGUUAGCUGAGGUUUGUUGUCCUUGACGCUUGUGCCACUAAAGAAAAGAAAUGGGUGUUACGGAGUUAUGGUCCAUCCUGGAACCAGCACGAGAGUCUGUACCAUUGUACAGCCUCACUGGAAAGACCCUAGCAGUGGACCUCAGUUUGUGGGUCUGCGAGGCACAACAAGUCCAAGCGAUGAUGGGCAAAGUCCACAAACCACACCUUCGGAAUUUGUUUUUCCGAGUCUCGUCUCUCACCCUGAUGGGUGUGAAGCUCGUUUUUGUAAUGGAAGGAGAAGCUCCCAAACUCAAGGCAGAUACCAUGAGCAAAAGAACAGAGAUGCGGUUCGGAGGAUUUCAAAAGAAAGCUCCCAAACCAGCAGCAGCUAAGAGCACCAGCAGGGGGCGCUUUAAUGCCGUUCUCAGAGAGUGCGGUGAGAUGCUGGAUUGUCUGGGUGUGCCGUGGGUGACCGCUGCCGGGGAGGCAGAGGCCAUGUGUGCCUUCCUGGAUCUGCAUGGCUUUGUGGAUGGCUGCAUCACCAAUGAUGGAGACGCCUUCCUGUACGGCGCUCAGACCGUUUAUAAGAACUUCAAUAUGAACACUAAGGAUCCCCAGGUGGACUGUUAUAAAAUGUCAAAAGUGCAAGAGGAGCUCCAUCUCUCUCGGGAGACCCUUGUAGGCUUUGCGAUGCUGCUUGGUUGUGACUACAUCCCUAAGGGUGUUCCUGGAGUUGGAAAGGAACUGGCCCUGAAGUUGAUACAGAGCCUGAACGGAAAAAGUCUUCUGCAGAAGUUCAGGGAGUGGGCAGCUGCUGGUGUGCAGGCCCAGGAGAUGGCCGUUAAGAAAGUCCCCCACUGCAACGUUUGUCACCAUCCAGGUUCAGCCAAGGCUCAUGAGCGUAGUGGCUGUACCCUGUGUGACAGCAACCACUUCUGCGAGCCACAGGACUACGCUGUGCUGUGCCCGUGUGACUGGCAUCGCUCUGAACGGCUACGCCAGGCCAACGCUACCGAGACCACUGUCAGGAAGAAAACUUUGGCAUGUGAAAGGUUCCCUUUUACUGAGAUUAUUGAGGAAUUUCUGGUGAACAAGGAUAAACCAAUUCAGCCUCUCAGAAAAAGAAAACCUAACCUUUUGUCCAUGCAGAAUUUUGCCCUUGACAAAAUGGAAUGGCCAAAGCACUACACCAGUGAGAAGGUGUUGACGUUGAUGACGUACACAGAGCUGGUGAACAAGAGGCAUGGCAGAGACACCCUGAGUCAGAUACAGCCCGUUGGGAUAUACAAGCCAAGAGUAAGAAAUGGAAUCUCCUGCUUUGAAGUCAUAUGGAAGAAGCCAGAGCACUAUGCAUUCCCUGAUGGCCAAGAAACUGAGGACCAGGAUGUGGUGAGAACUGUGGAAGAGGAGGCGCUGUUCAGUCUGGCAUAUCCAGACAUUGUGGACCUCUAUAUUAAGCAGAAGGAGGAAGCAGUGGAAAAUAAAAACAAAAAGAAGAAGCCGAGGAGUAAGAAAGAGAAAUCUCCAGAUGUCUGCGAUGACGACGUGUCUGAUCUUCUGGCUCGGAUGUCACUGAAGAACACCCCAACGGAGAGCACUACGAGCCACACCACAGCUGCGCCCGCCAGACCGGCUGAGGAACGCCCAGAGGACCCCUCCUGCACUGAGGGAAAUCAAGAUGGCACCAAGAAAGAGGACACCGGUAAUCAACUGGACGUGAAGCCUAACGCCGAGAAGCCACUGUCGUCCCCUCUUCCUGGACCAGCAUCCCCGGCUGUGACGUCCUUAUCUACACCCACCCUGCUGGACAAGCUGCAUCUGAGUGAUAUUGACUGGGAGGCCUGGUCAUUCACGACGUCCCCGUCCCAGGCAGGGUCGAGCAGCAAGAUCGAUCAGGAAUCGGCAGAGCGUGUGGACACAGAGGCUUUGGGGUCAGGUAUGGUAGGAUUGGUCUCGGACUCGGGGUCACAGGAUGGUCCUGCGUCAAACAGAACUGAACUCUUGCCUGAAAAUGAACCCUGUUCACUACGGGAAAGACUCCUUAUGAGGAACGCUCUAAAAUCUCUAAGUUCUUGCAGCGUGCGGAAUGAAUGUGUUAACCUGACAACAGAUGAAUCAUCAGAGGCCCACCCCAUUCCCCUAGAGAGAGCUGAUUCCAUAGCGGUCACUGGACAUUCAAAAGCUGACACUGGUCAUUCAGGAACUGAGAAAAGUCGAUCAGUUUUAACACAGUCUCAGGCUCAGAGUAAAAAGCCAGCACAGCUUUAUUUAUCUCACAAAGCUGCCAGUGGUUGCAACUCUGAAAUCUCAACACUAAAAGCUGUCACAACUUCCACUACGACACACAAAGCGAAACAACCGAAUGUGGGAAGCACAAACGCAUCCGCCAAGUACAAAUUUGUGAGGACAAAUAAAGAGUAUGCCCCUGCUCUGUUGCAGCAGACCAACAGCGAUGAUCUGACCAGCAGAAAGCAACCGAAAGGGCCUGACCCCAAGCCUCGAAAGGUCUCGAAGCCGAGCGUCUGCGUCGGUCCGGUGUACUCGAGCGACGACAGCGAUGUGGAGAACCAGAGAGGGCAGCGGUGGAACAAGGCCAACAAAGCCAAAUCAAAGCCCACUCACCCCACGGUUCACAACCAUAUCCCUGCUGCUGCCAAGACAGCUUCUGCUCCCCAGCAAAAGCCUUUGAGCGUGACUGAUCCCAGGUCAGAGGAGAUCCCAGGCGUAUCACUCUCUGAGCGUGUGCAGCAGAGGAGCCGGAGAGCUGAGGUGGAGGUGAUCGACUUGUGCCUCUCAGCUCCGGCCUCUCCGCUUUGUGCUGCUCCGAGUGCAAACGACGACUCCGUCAUCUCCAUCGAAAGCCCCCUGCCCCUUGCCCAAAGACUCAAACUGAAGUUUGUGAAGUAAGCACCAAAAUACUGCAUUGGAAAUACUGUGCGUAGUCUUUUUAGGUGUAGCACUGUGAAGUGAUUUUUUUUUUUUAAUCAUGUAAAAUUAAAGCUUUGUUUC